CCUAAGAACUCUCAAAGGCGGUGGGAUAAUUGUCAAGACUGGCGUCUGAAAGUUUUGUGUUGUUGUGUAUCUGUUUACUUUUGGGUUGAAAUAGUUUAUUCUAUUCCGGGAUCUAUCGCAGGAAUUUAAGUGCGUUUAUGUUUAUUAGAAAGAACAUUGCCUAGGAAAAAUAGUAUUUUUAAAUGACGCGUUGAAGAUCUUCGCCUUUGACGUUUUUUAAACUCAACCAGCUGAUCGACCUUGAACUCAUCCCCUCAGCUUGUACAUACUACAUAUAUUCAGCUGUUAUGAAGAUUCAGUACAUUGGCAGUUAACACUGCGUAGGUUUCACGUGAACGGUACAAAAACAUUUAGUGAGUAAAUAGGAUUUGUUGGCAGAUUUCGAUUAUAUCGUAGCGAAUCAUACAACAUGGAGUAACAAAGAAUAAUACGUACAGAUACGACGUAAUGAAGAAUGGAACAUAGCUUUUAAAGAGAGUGUUUAUUUUACAGUCCAUUGAUAGUGAGGGAGAUACACUGAUUGUGUACGACGGUUCACCAUGGGAGGUGCUGUAAGUGCUGGAGAAGACAAUGAUGAUUUAAUAGAUAACUUGCUAGAAGCUGACUACAUCAAAAGUUCAGUUGUCGAACGAGUUUUUCGAGCCGUUGAUCGUGCACAUUACUUCACACCAGAUUUUCAGGACACAGCAUACAAAGACGUUGCUUGGAAAAAAGGAAAUCUACAUUUGUCUGCUCCCUGCAUAUACAGCGAAGUGAUGGAAAGUUUGCGUCUUGCCCCCGGUUUGAGUUUCCUUAAUCUUGGUUCGGGAACUGGCUAUUUAAGCACAAUGGCAGGCUUGAUUUUAGGGCCGUAUGGUGUAAAUCAUGGAAUAGAAAUUCAUGAGGAUGUAUUGGCGUAUGCCUGUGUGAAAUUGGAAGAGUUUAAAAGAAUUUCUCCUGCACUUGAUGAAUACGAAUUUUGUGAACCAAAGUUCGUGAAUGGAAACUGUCUGAAUCUGGGUUCAGAUGUGCGGCAGUAUGACAGGGUUUACUGUGGAGCAGGAUGCCCAGAAAACCAUGAGAAUUACAUGAAAAACCUCAUUAAGGUUGGAGGCAUACUAGUAAUGCCAUUGAAUGAGCAGCUUCUCCAGAUUUCUCGCACUUCAGACACAACUUGGGAUGUGAAAUCAGUACUUCCUGUGUCAUUUGCAUCACUUUUGGUACCUGACCAAAAAGGGUUCAACCACCAAGUAACUCUACCUGAUACAGCGCCACCAAGCUUGCAGGAAGCAUGCCGAGUAGUAUUACGACGGGAGCUACGCCGACUGGUGGAAGCAGAAUUACCACCUCCACCACCACCAGCUCCACGCCGUCCUCGAUCAAGAGCCUCUGGUUUACGCAGGCAUACAUUUGGGCAGUUAAUGCUUCCAUUGCUUGAUGGAUCAGUAGAGGAACUGCGACCUGUGGCAGGUGUUGUGCGUCUGCCUGCUCCACCAUCUGGUUUCAGGAGUGGGGGACGAGGUGGAAAACGCCGCAAAUCUGACUCGGGCCUCGGAGAUGAGGAGGACGCUGACAUUGAAAUUUCAGGUGAUUCACCUUCAGGGGAAGAAAUGGCAUCUGGUUCUGACCUGUCUGAUGCAGAUGGAGAUGACUCACCACCGCCCCCACGUCGCCGUACUCCAGCUACAGUACGAACUCCACCUGGUGCAGCUUAUGCUGCAGGUAUGCGUGCCAAGAUCCUUCAGUUGCCACUCCCUCCUACUCUAAAGAGUUUUCUGAACCUGAACAGGGACUUCUAAUAGAGUGAAAGUCCUCUUUUACAUUGGUGAAUUUCUUUUAUUAUGUGGAGAUUGUUGUUUACAUGCCCUUCUACACUGAAAUAAGAUCGAUUUAUAAAUUACUUUGGUUUCCUUUGCUUUUCAUUAAUUUCUGAGGCUUUCAAUUGUUUUGUGUAUAAAUUAAAGGUAUAUGCCAAAAUAAACAUAGUGGCCAAUAACAUGGUGCCUGAAAUUUUACUUUCUGUGAGAUUGAAACAAAAUACCAGUAAAAUUUUCAUUAUUAUGAUUACACGAGGAGUAUGUCAUAGCCUUGAUCUCAUCGACAGAUUUUAUAUAGUAUACCUGGGUAGGAAGCAGUAACUCUCGUUACAUAUCCUGCCAAGCACUGUAUGAAUUUGCUCCAACAGAUGCUUACAGCUUACUCUAAUAACACAUGAGUGGAAUUCCAGUCCUCUAAUCAGAUUCUGCCAUGGAAUUUGACUGUAUCAUACUAGCUGUUAUUUUAUAGAUGGAAAAUUAAGAUAUUCUAGAGUUCUCAAUACUCUGGUGUUUGUUUAAUGUGUUUGUCCCCAUUUCUUGUGAAGUUACCUUCAGUAGUAGCCAUUUCUAAAUGAGAUAGUACAGUGGUCAUUAAUAUGCAGCUUAUUUAUAGCUAAGCCUAUAGUUAUCAAUUCAUUUGAUAAGUUUGUUUCUUCUAGCUUUCAGUUUCAUGUGGUCCUAUUUACACUUGACUGGCCAGCUAAACUUUCAUUUCUAUGUGAUAAACUUCCCGGAAAAACAUAGGGCUGCUGAAAAGUGUCCAUAUUUAUUUUAUCUAUAGGUUCUUCAGAAAUUGUUACUUGUUGUUGUAAAUCUCUGUAUAGAUGUAGGAAAAGAGUUACAGAAAAAUAUUCUGAGAAAGGGAGGAAUAAAAGUGGAAUUACAUGUGUAACUGACAAUACUGGAAAUACAAGAUACAGAUCAGAAGAAUUAACUUUAACACACAUUCUGAGAGUGACAAGGGGGGCUUUGAAAAGGAACAAGGACAAUGUCAUGACAGUUAUAAUAGUAGUAAAAUAUCUUUUGCGCAGUCAUUGUAUUACAUGUUGUGUGUGUGAUUUUAGUACUUGAUCACUUUUCUCUGGCUGCCUUCAUAUUCUGGACAUUCUCAAUCAUUUUGUAU